AUGACGAAAUCAAAGCUUUAUACCUUGGCUUUUAUUCGAAAUGGAAACAACAUUCUUCUGGGGAUGAAGAAGAGAGGGUUUGGGGCUGGUAGGUGGAACGGUUUUGGCGGGAAAGUGGACGCUGACGAAACAAUUUUGCAAGCUGCUAAAAGGUAAAGCUGCCAAUCGUUUUCAACCCUUAGUCUUCUUUUUGCUUUAAAAACUUUUUAAUCUUGCUAUGAUCUUUCUUCGCUAUGAUUAGUCUUCUAUUUUUCUUCGCAAUUGUUCAGAGGCAACGCAUGUGAGCGCGCGUGGUCACAUCCCAAACACAUCCGGCGAGGAAACGCGACGGGCACUGCUUACACCAUUCCUUGGGGGUCAUUCCUUACAAUCUAUCUCCCAGCGCGGGACAGGAUGGGAGCUAGCGGGAUAUCAAUCAUCAUAUAAGCUAUAUGGGCAUGUACUGCUGUCAAGGCAGAACCACAGCCAAAAGGCCAAAACAGGUCAAAUUAGCUUAUUGGCCCUAUAUAACCUAAGGAGGAAAACAGAGACAUUAGAAUAAGGAUGGAAGUUGGGGAGAGUUGAAAACACUGACCUGCGGUCUCCAGACUACCCACUGACCCCCACUCCAAAGACUACCCUAAGGACUACCCUAAAAAAUCAACCAAAUUCACUUUUGCAAAGGAAAUAAAUAGAACAAACCUACCUCCACUGUGCUUCCUACAGAUCCAUAAACAGCCACCAUCCUGCUUUUCGCCUGUUUCAUUGACCCAGUCUUUUUUUUUUGUCCUGCUCCAUUCUUUUUUGGCUACCAGCCAGCAUGCUGUUAGUUGUACAGCAUCAAAAAAAGUGUUGAAAGAUUGGGUUCUUGAAAACAAAGACUACUACAUGUAGGACCUCCAACAGAAUGACUUUGAACUUUAUUGAUUAGAGGAAACUGAGUGAAUCAGGUUCCAUUUAGGUCAUUAUACUGGGAAACCUGACCUGAAAGAAUUGAUUCACUCAGUUUCCUAACCCUAAUCUUAAGGGGUCUUAAAGAUCUUUGUUUUCAAGAUGGAACUCUGGGUUCUGCGCUUUCACGUAGUUUACACCUGCAUGAUGAAUGACAUCAGCAACCCAGUCUGCUGUCUUUUGUGAAAUACCUGCCAACUGAUGGUAAUUCAAAUUUCAUAAAAUCAGUCAAUGGAUGUGAAAAGAAAAUUACGCUAAUACCAAAACCCCAGGGCAGGAGACAGCCAAAUUUGGAAGUAGCCAUCUCGCCCAUAAGCCCUGGCCUCAAUCUCCUAUGUUUAGAAUUGACAUAUAUUGGGCAUGAAGUUAGGUUGCAAUAAGAAAGACUGGGUCCAGGAAAAAGUAAGAUGUCGACUGUUUAUUGCGUAGCAACACCGGUAGGUUUGUUGUAUCUCUUUCCCCCAUAAAAACUGAAUUUGGUUGAAAUUUUAGGGUAGUCCUUCAUGGGGUUGUUCGCAGAGUUUUCCAUAGGGUAGUCCGCUGAGUGGGGUUCAGUGGUAGUCCGCGGACCAGGGUCAGUGUUUUCAACUCACCCUUGAAGUUGAAUGGGUUGGAGGAAACAUUUUUAACACAAAAAUGGCAAAGAGAUCCAUACAAAUGCACAGGACGUCAACACACUGACAAUGUGUUCAAUCAGUUACUUAGUGUAACUGUUUCGACUUUAAUAAUGCUAGAAAUUUUUCUUAAUUAUGAAUAAAAUUCAGUCCUAAAUUUUACCAUCUAAAAUAUAACAAUUGAACUUCAAUGAUUUCAAAAAUUUUGGCUUUUAAUUAACACUCGAGGGAAAGCAUGGCAAAUGAUUAUCAUAUUAUGGAUAUACAUGUAUUGUUUUGAUUGGGCUGAGAUAAAAAGUUGUCUCUGGUUAACAUGCAUGUAGGCUACAAGUAGGAGAGAAUUUUAUUUUUAUUAAGCAGCUACCCUUUGUUAAGCAGCCAGUAAUCAAAGUCCUAAAAUAAUAAUUGUAGAAAAGAAUAGUAAAUUACACCUCUGUUAAGCAGCCACCUCUAUUAGCAAGUGGCCAUGGCCUCUUUUUGGCCAUUUGAUGACAGUUCUACUUAUUCUGUCACCUUUAUUAAGCAGCCGUUAAGUAUGUGAUACACAUAAUUUAGCUUCAAUUUAAAAUAUGAUGAAGGAAAAUACAGUCAGAGAUAGAAGAUGAUGACUGAUUGUGGAGAGAUAAUGUACUUCUGUCUCUUAGUGAUAUUUCUGGUAAAGAUAAUGCUAAUUUAUGACAAACCUCAAUUGAGUGGCCAACCUCCAUUGACUGGCCUCCUGCCAAGGGUGGCCACUUAAUGGGGGGUCAACAAUAUUACAUUAUUUUAAAAACAGCAAAAUCUGAGUUGGUGAGCAAAUGGGGGAGAAGUAAAUUGCAUUAGAAAUUUUUUUAAACAUGAAAUAAGGUUAUUGGUGCCAUUUUAAUGCGAUUCUGUGGAUGUUAUCUUUGUUUGUUUACAGGGAAUUGUGGGAAGAGUCAGGUCUGACAGUAGACGAACUCCAAGAGGCUGGAAUUUUAAAGUUUGAAUUUGUUGGUGAACCUCAAAUAAUGGAGGUUCAUGUUUUCACCACUAGUAUUUUCAAAGGAACACCGGCUGAAUCUGAUGGUAAUCAAGUUUAACAUAGUUUACAAGAAUGGCAUACCUUGUUCCCAUUCAAAGUGAAACAAGCAAUGAAGAGUGUUACAACAAUGCAUUAAACCCCUCAUGACUACUGACCAGUCAACUAGGAGGUACCCAUCCCUUUCCCCUGGUCUACUCUCAUCUAGAUCUGAAAUGGUGUCAUUCAUUUGGCACUGUAUUAGUUUCAGUUGUCAAACCUGACGUAUUUUUAGGGCAAUCUUUUCUUAUCUUUUGUGGUUUGAGCUGAACAUUUAGAAAAUUUUAGAAAAUGGGCAACCUUGUUAAACAAAAUUUGCUAACCCUGAGUCUAAAACUAUCAAGACAGCCAAGCCAAUUGACUACUAUUAGAAAAAAUCAUGCAGUUGCCAUCUGUUUGGCUCAGUUUGUUGGGUACCUGAGUGAAGUGAUGUAGGUUCAGUUUAUAUCUUGAUCCUCCAAAGGCCCCAUCUCACAGCCCGUUUACUGGAGUGAAUCUCUUGGGAUGCAAAAUAACCACUAAGGAUGUAUCCAUCUGUCCAGUGAUCUAUCACCGGGGAGACUUAACCUGAAGCUAAGCUCUGCUUUGUUGACCUUACCCCUUUUAAGUGUUUUAUAAUGUAUAUAAACACAGAACAAUGUUAAUUUUUUUUUCUUUAGAAAUGAGGCCCAAAUGGUUUUCUUUAUCAGAGGUGCCAUUCAGUGACAUGUGGCCAGAUGACCCUCUAUGGUUUCCAUUGAUGUUGAAUGGGCAGAAGUUCUCUGGAUAUUUUAAGUUUAAAGGACACUCAGAAAUCCUUGAUUACACCCUUGAGCCCUCAUGUGCAGUUUGA